AGCAGGAAUAAAUGCUACAGCACCUUCAGCAACAAAGCCGCCAACAGUUUGAGCUGCAACAGCAGGAAGGAAUGCUAGAGCACCUUCAGCAACAAAGCCGCCAACAGUUUGAGCUGCAACAGCAGGAAGUGCUACAGCACCUUCAGCAACAAAGCCGCCAACAGUUUGAGCUGCAACAGCAAGAAGGAAUGCUAGAGCACCUUCAGCAACAAAGCCGCCAUCAGUUUGAGCUGCAACAGCAGGAAUGAAUGCUACAGCACCUUCAGCAACAAAGCCGCCAACAGUUUGAGCUGCAACAGCAAGAAGGAAUGCUAGAGCACCUUCAGCAACAAAGCCGCCAACAGUUGGAGCUGCAACAGCAGGAAGGGAUGCUACAGCACCUUCAGCAACAAAGCCGCCAACAGUUUGAGCUGCAACAGCAGCAAUGGCAACAGCAACAACGGCAGUGGCAGCAACAGCUACAGCAAUCCCAGCUAGAGCAGCGACAGCAAGAGAUGCAGUUACAGCAGCAAAUGCAAAUUGCACAAACAAAGCUCUUGAUGUCCCUAAUAGAAAAAAUGAACAAGGAGCAGUAAAUUCAAUGCUUUUCUGUCCAUUUAAUUUCAGAGUAAUUAUGAAAAGCCUUGAAUUUACUGUUCCUUGUCCAUAGUCAAGGCUGCAAGUCUC